CGUUAAGUUUGUUACAAUAGAAUGACCAAUUUCAAAAUAACAAACACAACAAACGAUGUUUUUCCCCAAACCCUCAAACGUAACUCUGAAAUCCCUCUCCACUCUACGUCGUCGUUUCGCAACAACCCUAAUUACUAAACCCUUCCCCGACGAUCCCACCGGUGCCUACUACGAUGACGUCGCUGCCGACGCCGUCAGCUCCGGCGACUACAGUGCUCUACGAGACGUCCUCAACAAGCGCGUUCAAGACGGCUUCAACAACAACAAACGCAGUUUCAGUUUCAUCACUCACUCUAAUUGCUCUCCCUCCCUCAUCGAUAAGCUCGUUGAAACCAUCUCCCAUCUCAAUGAAGGUUACACGCGCCGCAACGCGCUCGACUUGCUUGUCGCGCGCCUCUGCAAGAUCCGACGCAGGGAGGAGGCGCUUCGCGUGAUCGAGUCAUUGGCGCGUGGUGGCGUCUGUGUCCCAACCGCGUGGACUUUCUACCCCAUCCUCAGGUCCCUCACAAGGGAGAAGUCCCUCGACCACGCGAGGGGCGUGGUGGAUUUAAUGGCUGAGCUCGGUAUUGGGCUGGACCGGAUAGGCUACAACGUUUUUCUCAAGGCCUACUGCUACGUCGGAGCCUUUGAUGAGGCGGCCGGAGUUUUGAGGAAAAUGGAGGAAGAGGGUAUUGCGCCGGAUGGGCGUACGUUUGACGCGUUGGUGUUGGGCGCGUGUAGGGCGGGAAAGGUGGAUGGUGCAAUGGUGAUACUGAGGAGGAUGGUGGAUGAUGGAGUGCCCAUGAUGUACUCAACGCACAUGUAUGUUAUUGGGACCCUUUUGAGAAUGAAGUGCUAUGAACAUGUUAUGAGGUAUGUAAGGAGUUUUGUUGGGAAGAAUAAAUUGUUGGAUGCUGAGCUUCUUGGUGUUUUGGCUAGCAAGUUGGUGAAUUUGAAGAAGGGUGAAGAAGCAAUGUCAAUUUUGGAGGAAAUGAGGCAAAGGGGUGUGCCAAUGGGUUAUAAACUGAGAGAAUUUUAUAAAAUGAAUGCUGGAAAGGAAAAUGGUGCAAGGGUUGAUGGUGUAGUUGAAGAAGGUGGAAAUGGAGUGUAGUGUGGAUGUGAUGUGUGGAAAAUGAAGAUUCAGAUUACAUUUGUCACCUGGUGUGAAAACAAGAAAUAUUUGUCGGAAGAUAAAAUGAGCCGGAUGCCUGAAUUACAUUUUAUUUUGAUGGGGGUUUUCGUGGAUUGUGUUAUUGAACUAAAUUACAGUUAUAUUGUAUAACUUUUAGGAUCAUUUGUGUUAUGGUGAAAGACCCGUCAAUUCUCAGUCUUAAAGUUUUGGAUAAAGAGUGGUAUUAAUCCCUACUUGAUGUAUGUAUCUUUCUAAGAAAUCUCAAUGCACUAACUGUGCAAUUCCAA